GUUUCAAUGUGUGAGUUCGAAAGCUUAACUGAAAACUUUUUUAAAAUGUUAUUUUCGUGAACAUCACCUCGAACAGUAUGUCAUUGAUGACAGCCCGGGGCUAGUGAUAUGUUUUAAAUUUGUAUACGGCGAAUAAAUAAUAGUGAUACAGAUCAUACAGUAUACCGUCCUAUCUAACGUAGAAUGAAAAUAUCGCCUGAUGUUUUCGGCAUUCCUGUAAGUGAAAUUGUGUGAAGUAUAUCUUCAACUGCACAAUCAGCUGUGAACUAUUCGUACAUCUGCACCAUCAGAUGUGAAUUAUAUGUACAACUGUAUCACCAUCUGUGAACUAUAUAUACAACUGCUUCAUCAGCUGUGAACUAUAUCGGUAUCAUCAGAGUUGAACUAUACAUAAAACUGUUACAUCAUAUGCGAACUAUAAGUACAACUGCAACAUUUGCUGUUAACUAUAUGUACAAUUACUUCAUCAGCUGUGAACUUUAUGUACAACUGCAUCAUCAGAUGUGAACUAUAUGUAUAACUGCUUCAUCAGCUGUGAACUAUAUGUACAACUGCUUCAUCAGCUGUGAAUUAUAUGUACAAGUGCAUCAUCAGCUGUGAGCUAUAUGUACAACUGCACCAUCAGCUAUGAAUUGUAUCUUCAACUGCACCAUCAGCUGUGAACUAUAAUAAUUAUGUACAACUUCUGUAUUAGUCGUGAACUAUACAUACAACUGCACCAUCAGCUGUGAACUAUAUGAACAACUGCAUCAUCAGCUUAUGGACUGACCAUGGAGUAUUCAGUACAGCUAAACGGCCAAAGGAUCAGUGCUCCAAGUUCAGGGGACAAGGCAUCUGAGGGCAACAAGGAGAUAUCCUCUCUGUCCAAGUUGAAAGGUCUCGGCAAGGAUGACAAAACGGAGAACGCCAUGUUGCGGUCGCGCAUUGAUGAGCAGUCACAGCUCAUCAUGAUCCUAAAGACCCGGGCAGACGAGGCAUUUACAAGAAUUCAGACACUGGAGAGGAUUAAUGAGGAAUUGACGAGUUUUCGUGAUAAUGCCAAGGAACAGUUGCAGAGUGAAAUACGCAAGUUUAAUAUACUAGAUGGAAGAUUUAAUGACCUCGCUUCCAAUCACGAGGAGAUGAUAAAGUAUAAGGACGAGUAUAAACGUGUUAACGGGGAACUGAGGCGAGAAAAUGAUAAACUGAAGGAUGACAAUGCCAAGCUGUUUUCUAAAGCAAUCCAGGAGAAGGAUGAUAUGAUAAGGCAGCUUGAGGGGAAGCUGAUCACGGCCAAAGAUCAAUGUUCUACGCUAGAUACUAAGUACAAACAAGCAGUCCAGGAGGGUCGCGUACAAGAGGAGGGUUUAAGGCGCGACCUUCAUGAGUCGGAGGAGAGACUACGCGGGGAGCUGCGAGAUCUCACCCGGAAACUCAAUGACUCUGAGGAGAGACUCAAAGCUGCCAACUACAAGCUGCAGAGCCAGCUGAGCACACAACAUUCUGCAGACGCUGAGAUGAUGAAGAAACUUCAACAGGUCACCAAGGAGAAAGAUGAGCUCCUGGACCUCGCCAUGCAGCGGGGCAAAAUCAUACAGAAAGAGCAGACGGACAACAAGGCCUUCAAGAAGCGAAUUGAAGAGAUGGAGAAAGCAGUGCUGGACAUGCAGGACAAGUUUGAACGAGAGGCGGCUGCUGUGAACUCUAACAGGGCUGUGAAGAAACUGAGGGACGACCUUCAACAGGCCGAGAGCAUCAAAACUGAAGUGACCAAGGAGUUCGAGGCAUACAAAAAGCACACGACGGCCCUGCUCAAGAAGGAGAAGGAACUCAACGAGCGCCUGCGACACCUUUGUGGCUAGCAGCAUAUCCUGGACUUAUAUUAAACAACACAUUCCUAGUAUUUAUUAUGUAAUCUCCGUUGAAUUGUCAGUCUUUGGAUUAUAUUGACACUCUCGAAUCUGUUUCCUUUGAAGAAAAAGUGCUUGAUGUGUCUUUGAGAAAGAUCACGAGAACGGUGCCCUGCUGGAUAUCGCACCGGGACCAUUCGGUCACAAGGCUGGCACCAUAUCUUGUUCACCAUUGCAGCCUUAUAUUAGUAUAUCAACACAUACUAAGACUCAAGAAUACAGUACACUUAAUAUCCAAGAAAAGUAAUUUGGCUUUAUGCGUGAUGCAAUUGUUGCUAAGUUCAUUAAGAAAUUCGCAAAACGUUGGCAAUUUAAAGUGGUGCUAUUGAAGGCUAUAUAUGACAGGUUAAGUUCAAAUUUUAGCACUUUUUGAACAUAACACAUUUUAAGAUACGUCUUCAUUCAUUCUAUUUUAUUAAAAUUCGUUCAUGACUGCGGGCCAAAACACUUUUCGCCACCAUGCGCCCUGGUGGCAGUUCCGGAAUUGGAAGUAACGUGUGUGCCCCCUUGCGGCCGUACCGGAAGUAUCUUGCGUGUCCCCUUGCGGCCGUAGCGGAAUUGGAAGAACCUUGUGUGCCCCCUUGCGGCUGUACCGGAACUUGAAGAUGAGUGCGUGUCACCUGGCGACAUUACCGAAACUGAAAGUAAAGUGCUCACCGGAAAUGUGGACUUUUGUUGAUAUUUAUUUUGUGUUAUUUUGACAAGAAUUAUUGAUUUAUACAAAUGAUAGGGGAAUAAUUAUGGCGGCUUGGUGUGCAUUAUUAAGUACAUUUUUAAAGAUUGUUACAUUUGUUCGUGUGUCAGUGCGUUAUUUAGUACAUUUUUUAAAGAUUGUUACAUUAGUUCGUGUGUCAGUAAGUUGUGUUUUAUGUAGGAUAACAUUCACUCACUUCUUUUGAACCUUCUUGUGAACCUCUUCUUUACUUUGAAAAAUUGUGUUUUCUAUUCGUUCAUGGGUGUUUUAAAGGUUAAUUUUGUUCUUAUUAAUAAAUGGAAACAAGAUAUGGCAAAUUUCAUUAAAUCGUCUUGUAAUAAUGCUAAAUGUAACCAGCAGAUUAGCACGCAUGGUUGUGUAUUGCUUUGUAAAUGCAUUCCCAAACGAGGUUUCAUUUUAAAUAUGUACAUGUAUCAUAAUAGUCAGUCAACAAUGUGAAUAUUUACAUGAAGGUAACAAAUACUGUUGUGAGUUAGUACCCAUUGACAUGUAGGUAACGAAUACUGUUGUGAGUUAGUACCCAUUGACAUGUAGGUAAAUAAUACUGUUGUGAGUUAGUACCCAUUUACAUGUACGUAAAUAAUACUGUUGUGAGUUACUACCCCUUUACAUGUAGGAUACGAAAACUGUUGUGAGUACGAACCCAUUUACAUGUACAUAACGAAUACUGUUGUGAGUUAGUACCCAUUUACAUGUAGGUAACAAAAAAUACUGUUGUGAGUAACUACCCAUUUACAUGUACGUAACAAAUACUGCUGUGAGUUAGUACCCAUGCAUUUACAUGUACGUAAUGAAUACUGAUGUGAGUUAGUACCCAUUUACAUGUACGUAACAAAUACUGUUGUGAGUUAGUACCCUUUUACAUGUAUGUUACAAAUACUGUUGUAAGUUAGUACAUUAGUACCCAUUUACAUGUAUGUCACAAAUACUGUUGUGAGUUACUACCCAUUUACAUGUACAUAACGAAUUCUGUUGUGAGUUAGUACCCAUUUACAAGAACGUUACGUAUACUGUUGUGAGUUAGUACCCAUUUACAUGUACAUAAUGAAUACUGUUGUGAGUUUACCCUAUUUACAUGUACGUAACGAAUACUGUUGUGAGUUAAUGCAUGCUCUAUACAGGUCAACGUUUCAUCAUCUUUAUACGUUGAAUAAAUGUCUCGCUCUUUGA